AUGUGGCAAAAAUUCGCCAAAUCAAGAGAUCCUUACAUUGAAAUCAUCUUCGGGCCGGCCUCUUCUGGACAACUCGCUCUGGUAGUCUAUGAAUGGCAAGAUGCAAAGUGGCUAGGCAUCAACCCUUCCAAUAAACAAGCAGAAAACUCAUGGCAGGAGGAUAGAGUGUAUGUUUGCACAUUAGAUGCUAUAGCACAAUCACUCUGUACCAAGGCGGAGCUCGGAGAAUUUAUCAUCUCGCCAUUACCGUCCGACGUAAAACGAGAAUCGCUAAACAUCUGGACUCAAAGGAUCAAGCUGGAAGCCAAACCCAAUCCAGCUAGCUCAUCAUCAGAUACCGGGACGCAGAUGGGCUCGGGACCGUAUCGAUACAAUGUUACCAAGACUGGUUAUUACUGUGUAGGAGCCGUCCCGCUUACCGUCGGUCUCCCAUCGACUUCAAAUACCACCUACAGUACAUACACUGGUGUCGUGGCGUUCGAAAAUGUAUUCAAAGGUAAUCUGCCUGCUGGUGAAUACCCUAAAGUAGCUUUCUAUGGAUUUGUUGCGGUAAUCUACGUGUUCGUCGGAAUUCUCUGGGGAUAUAACUGUCAUCGACAUCGGACAGAAAUCUUACCUGUUCAGCAUUAUAUCUCAGGAAGCAUAGUGUUCCUGAUCGUCGAAUUGACCACUGUAUUUGGAUAUUACAAAUAUUUGAACGACUUCGGAAACCCUUCGAUGACCAGGGCGUUGCUUGUCUUAGUUUCAAUCCUCAGCGCCGCAAGAAACGCGUUGUCAUUUUUUAUGUUGUUGAUUGUCUCCUUGGGCUACAGUAUCGUCAAAGAUUCCUUAGGAUCGGUCAUGUUGAGGUUUGAUAUCGGCGAAGAUGACGAUGAUGGUGAAGAUCUCCAUAAAUCUAAAGAUCAGUUCAAUGGAAAUGACAACGAACAUCGACCGCUUAGAAGAUCAACAUCCACCGAGCGACCUCCGGAUUAUCAUUGA